AUCCAUUCCAUCACACUGCUUUGAAGAAAUCACCCAAAGUCAAGUCCGAUGAGAGGAGCUAUCGGAAGAAGAUUGUCGAACCCUAACAAUGGCUUUAGCAUUGCCUCCAUAGUCAAGCACUCCCCAUUUCUCACCCAAUCCACAUCUCAUUUCUCCUCGUCUUCCUCCUCCGACGGCGGCCCUGCUGGCCGUGGCCGUGGACGCGGCGGCGGUUCCGGAUUCCCCGUCGCUGGAAAUGGACAGUUCGGUUUCAAUCGCGAACCGGAAAGAGCUAGCGAACCGUUCGGUCAAGGACGCGGCUCGUCGGAAUCGCAAUCACAAUCGCAACCUCCCGGAGGAUACGGUCAUGGUCGUGGCCGUCCGAUCCAAUCUGAUCCGAUCUCUACUCCGUUUGUGAGACCAGAUUCACAUAGCGCUGGUGGCCGUGGAAGAGGUUCCCUUGGAUCAGGCCCCGUUGUUUCCCCUUUCGCCCCUGAGCCUCCUCGCCAUCCAGAUCCUCCACAGCCGCAUCAACCGCGUUUCGAACCGCAGCAACCGCGUUUUGCUCCUCCACAGCAGCAGCAACCGCGUUUUGAACAAGCCAAGGAUGACUUUCAGGGAAGUCCUCCUUUUGCGAAGCUUGAGGCUACAAAGGAUGCAACUUUGUCUCCACCACCGGAGUCUAACAACAUAUCCAAUGCUUUAGGAAGUGGAGCAGGUCGAGGAACACCUUUUGUGCGAUCUGCUCCUUCACCGCAGAAUCAAGACAACCGCCACAUUGGACGCCCUCAGCAUCAGCAGCGUCAGAAGCGAGUUCAACCGACUAGAGAUGAAGCUCCACGACCCCAACUGAGUCCGGAAGAGGCUGGAAGGAGAGCAAGGAGCCAGCUUUCCCGCGGAGAAGCUGAAGGAGGAGGAGGAGGAGGAGGAGGCGGUGGUGUGAGAGGAAGAGGAGGUGGCAGGGGAAGAGGGAGAGGAGCGAGAGGGAGAGGCAGGGGAAGAGGUGGUGAUGGGUGGAGAGAUGAUAAGAAAGAUGAGGAAGCUGAACAGGAGGCUUUGAGUGUGUUCGUUGGAGACUCUGCUGAUGGAGAGAAGUUUGCUAAGAAGAUGGGAGAUGAGAUUAUGGCAAAGUUAGCAGAAGGUUAUGAGGAUAUAUGUGAAAGGGCUUUGCCUUCUACUGCUCAUGAUGCCUUGGUGGAUGCUUAUGACACUAAUCUCAUGAUCGAGUGUGAGCCGGAAUAUUUGAUGCCUGACUUUGGAUCAAAUCCUGACAUUGAUGAGAAGCCACCAAUGUCGCUGCGUGAGUGUCUGGAGAAGGUAAAGCCUUUCAUAGUGGCUUACGAGGGGAUCAAGGAUCAAGAAGAAUGGGAGGAAGCAAUUGGUGAAGCGAUGUCGCAAGCUCCCAAUAUGAAAGAGAUUGUUGAUCACUACAGUGGUCCUGAUACAACAGCUAAGAAACAAAACGAGGAGCUCGAUAGGAUUGCUACAACACUUCCCCAAAGUGCACCUGAUUCUGUGAAACGAUUUGCAGAUCGUGUUGCUCUUAGUCUUAAGAGUAAUCCUGGUUGGGGAUUUGACAAGAAAUACCAGUUCAUGGACAAGCUCGUCUUGGAGGUGUCACAGAACUACAAAUAGAAAACUUUUAAGGUUUCAGAAACAUUCUUGAAAGCUUUAUCGCUGCAACUGAGUUUAGAUUCGAAUGUAGAAUCUUGCCUCUACUUAAAAAGAUAGUUUAGCCUUUGAAAGGCUGCCUUUCACCUUUUUUCAUUAUACAUUGUCAAGGAGGUUUCCAUAAUAAUGACAUUGUUCUUUCGAUA